AUGUUAUGGCAGAUAAGAGAUAAAGAUAGAAGAGGUAAGGUAUGGAAUGAACAAAUAAGACCCGCUAUGUUUGAGAUGAAGAGAGCAAUUGACGCCUUGGUUGUUUUAGCAGGUAAGGUUUCAGAAUAUAACGCAAAAAUGAACCCGCAAUGUUCUAAAUGUAAAGCAGCAAUGAGGAAAUAUAACUACUCCGUCAAAGAGAUAGAAAGAAUGCGAAACGACUAUGCAGACUUAAAGAAAGAAGCAGAAAAGCCAGCAGAAGAUAAAAUGAACAUGUUAGAAUUUCUUAAUAAAAAUUAUCCAACAGCAGAAGAUUUCCUUCUAUCUGACGUCAAGAAGAAGUAUAAAGAAACUUUCGGCAUUGUUAAAACAUUCGAUGUACUGACAGAAGAAAUAGAAGCUACAAAAUUGUUUAGAAUUUCAAAUAUACAUCGUACAAUUCAUGUGAAACGCUUGUGA